GGUCAGCGCAACGGAUUCCUAAUGCCGUUAAUCUCGGUUUACAUAUACAAAUAUAUGAAUUUACCAUUUCUUUCAUGCAUGUUAUAUGUCUAGACAAUCAUACGUGUGUGUUUCUGUAUACGUAUGUCACAUCUUUCAUACAGGUACUAUAUUCAUACGUGUAAGUUACACUUUCUUUUUACACGACGUUGAUAAACUGAACGACAAAAUGGAUGGUCACUUGUGUGUCUGCCCAUCAGUCCAAAUACGAGUAUUUGAAUUUGAUAUGCACUGGCCGGAUUUUCAUAAAAUGUCCCUACAAAAAAGUUACAUGUGUUUCUUUACAUCUCUAACUUCACUCUUGCUCGCAGCCGGUGUGCUGUCAUCAGAGCUGAGUGCCUUCAUAGUCGAUACCGAGAAUGGGCAAUACGACGACUCAUUACACCAGGCGGCAUGGCGCGGGGACGUCGAGGAACUGAGGAACCUCCUGGCACAAGGCGUGGCCAAUGUUGAUGCGCAGCUGAGACCCUUUUACGCGACCCCGUUGAGAUUGGCUGCCAUGAAUCGCCACGCGGAUUGUGUGGCCUUGCUGUUACAGCACGGUUCGUCGGUCAACAUAGUGGACCGCAAGGGGCAGACCCCUUUGUUCUGUGCUGUGAAGAACUGGGAUACCGACAGCUGCAUUGCUUUGCUGAAGGCAGGAGCUUCGCCCGACGGUGACCGAAGGAACUUGUCCAGCCCCCUCCAUAUCGCUUGCCAGGACGGAUAUGCCAUAGGCGUGAAGUUGCUGCUCGAUUUUGGGGCUCAGAUUGAGUGUGCCCCUACAACGCCCCAGUGGACCCACCCACUGCACCUGGCUACCACCUACAGGUACCUAAGUUGUUUCAUACUUCUGUUAGGAGGAGGAGCGGAUGUCACACUUGCUGGCCACAUCUUGCACCUCAUCUGCACCAGAAAGUGUGAUCCAGUGUUCGUGCACCUGUGGGUACAGUUUGGUGGCAACCUGUGGGACAGAAAUGACAAACAACAGCUUGCUGUUGAUCUUCCUGACAACUGUCAAAGAGACAUCCUCAAAGAACUCAUGGAAAAUCCUCUAUCAUUGCAGUCAAUUUGCAGACUGAAAAUUCGUAAGCUUGUGGGCCGCAGUCGUCUUCCCCUGAUGUGUGCACUAGAUAUCUCUCAAGUGCUGAGGGACUUUCUCGUGUACAGGGAUAUCCCUGAAGUGAACCACUGCUUAACAAGCCUGAAUUUGGAACUAAAAAGGUCCUUAUCAAAAUGGCAAUAGAUAACACUAAUAUAUAGUUCCUUUAAUAUGGUGGAUUUAUCUUUAAUGCUGUGACUACUAUACUAUGGCAAUUACUGUUAUAUGGUAGCAAAUGCUGGAUACUGAGAAGGUUGAAAGCAGUAGUCAGCUGCAAUAAAGUUCUUGCAUGCAGUGAAAGGGUGUUCACUACCUGACCAUAUCAGAAAUUAAAGAAUAAGGGAACAAUCAGGAAUUAUACCAAGUCUUACACAAAUAAUGCAAUACAGAGAGAAUGGCAUGAGUAUCUACAGGGCAUUGCCUUCCAAGAACAGAGAAAUAUCAACCAACGGGAACAAGAAACCUGGGAAAAGCAAGAAUAUGGUAAAUACUGAACCAGAACAGGCUGUGGAGCCUACACCAUGAAGAUGAUCAAAAUGGCAAAAUGAAUACACUUUUGUAACAAAAUCCUGAAAUUAGUUCUGUAAGUCAAAAUAAAUUUACUUAAACUCAAA